AUGUAUGAGAUGCUACGCAAUAUUGCACCGCCUGUUGGAUUCGGUCGAAAAUGCCCUUAUCGGCUGGCCUAUAAACACCUGAUUCGAAUGAAUAUGCCAGUAGCUGAAGAUGGUACUGUACAUUUCACCACAACUCUGUUCGCAUUGAUACGAGAGUCGCUCAGCAUCAAGAUGAGACCUGUGGAAGAAAUGGAUGAAGCGGAUGAAGAAUUACGUCAGACACUGCGCAAAAUAUGGCCUCUCAAAGCGAAAAAGAAUAUGAUCGAUUUAGUUGUGCCUCCAAAUACAGAGCUAUGCUAUCAGAGGCUUACUGUUGGGAAGCUUUAUGCUGGUCUGUUAAUUCUGGAGAACUACAGAGCCAAGAAAUCUGGUGCAGAAGUGAGACGAUUUUUGGCUAAGCGCAAACGGCAAAGAGCCGCAUUUCUACUUUUGAGACGCCGUAAUGCGUUAUUUUUACCGGACGAUGACGAAAAAGAGGUUUUACCAACG